AUGGACAUCCGGGUGCUGCAGGCCUCGGACCUGCCCCUCAUCCAGCACGCCAACCUCGAGAACCUGCCCGAGAACUACUUCCUGAAGUACUACCUCUACCACGCCCUGUCCUGGCCCCAGCUGAGCUACGUCGCCGUCGACGUCUCGCGCCCGCAGAAGACGCCCUACGACUACCCCAAGAUCGUCGGCUACGUCCUGGCCAAGAUGGAGGAGGAGCCCGCCGACGGCAUCCCCCACGGCCACAUCACCAGCCUGAGCGUCAUGCGCACCCACCGCCGCCUGGGCAUCGCCGAGAAGCUCAUGCGCCAGAGCCAACUCGCCAUGGUCGAGUCCUUCGGCGCCCACUACGUCUCCCUGCACGUCCGCGUCUCCAACCAGGCCGCCAUCCACCUCUACCGCGACACCCUCGGCUUCAAGAACGAGAAGACCGAGGCCAAGUACUACGCCGACGGCGAGGACGCCUUCUGCAUGAAGCUCGAGCUCGAGUCCAUCCGCGAGCAGAUCCGCGACGAGCGCGAGGCCGAGAAGGAGAAGGACGGCGGCAAGGACGGCAAGGACGGCGAGCACGCCGACGAGGGCGAGGCCGUGGGCGACGUCGGCAGGGCGCCGCCGGCCGAGGAGAAGGACAAGAAGAGGAAGGUCAAGGUCGGCAGGCCGCUGGGCGUCGGGGAGCUGGUCGAGCGGGUGGAGCAGAAGGCUUCAUGA